AUGAGCUCAUUGCAUGGAGGGAAUCAGCUGGGAAAUCGAGUCUUCGAAAUAUUGGGAGUGGCCGCCAUAGCGAAGAGGCUGCACAGACGUCCUUCUUUCUUGCUUCAAAGCGACUCAUUCAAUCAGCCAGUCAUUCGCCAACUCUGGAAAACCCUACACUAUUUCCCCAAUGUUCUUGAUGGGUUUUUCCUCGAGUCAGAGAGUUUGAGACUAAAUAUCUCUUCACUGCCCCGGGUGAAUUUAAAGGCCCAACCCUCGACUUACAUCAACUUUUCUCGGUUUGAUGGGCUGGAAAAGGAGAGAAUCGUUGUCAUCGACGCCGCCUUUUUGCAGAAUUUGUGUUCAUUGCGAAGAAAAGAUUUCGGCUCAUAUGCUGCCAAAUCUUCUUACAUUGUUGAGGCGUUGAAUGUGAUCAUUAAACAAGAAGCAGUGUCCAAUUUCGGGAUCACAAUUUUCUCGGAUGACGCGAAAAAUUUGAAAGCUUAUGUGAGAACAGAAGAGUUUAAACCUUUUGCUAACUCAACGUGGCUCCCCAUUGACGAUCAUCCAAUCCAUUUCGUCUGGUCAUUUCUCUCGCAUCAAUGCACGCAUAUUUUGUUGACAAAUAUUCAAUCGACCUUUGGUUACUUGGGUGCUUAUUUGGCUGGCAAUCGAUCGAUUGUUUAUUUCAAUCCAGCUCUCCAUUGGAAACACAAAAUGCCGACGCCAAAAGAGUGGAUUCAAUUGGUUGUU